AUGCCGCGCACCGCAGAGACCGCUAGCUACAAGUUUAACCACACCAUGAUUCGUGUCAAGGACCCUCAGGUCUCCCUCAAGUUCUACACCGAGAUUCUCGGCAUGGAUCUUGUCACCAAGAACGAGUUCGACUCCUUCACCCUCUACUUCCUCGCCUACGACCACGGCCAGGGCACCACCCCCGAAAACCGCUUCAACCGCGAGGGCAUCCUCGAGCUCACCCACAACCACGGCACCGAGUCCGACCCCAACUUCCACGGCUACGCCUCGGGCAACUCCGACCCCGGCCGCGGCUUCGGCCACAUCGCCAUCUCCGUCGACGACAUCGAAAAGGCCUGCGCCCGCUUCGAGUCCCUCGGCGUCCGCUUCCAGAAGAAGCUCACCGACGGCAAGAUGAAGAACAUCGCCUUCAUCCUCGACCCCGACGGCUACUGGGUGGAAAUCGUCCCCGGCUCACUCGAG